GGUUUCCCUGAUUCCACCUUUUUCCCAACGUCCAACAAACCAAUUCACUCGCUCUUCUUCUCCUUUCCUUUAUCCAAAGUCGCGAGCAUACACUAUGGCGGUCGACGAUCUCAUCACCGACCCAACCCUUCAACCGCUUCUGAGAACAUCCCACGCAACAUUAGCUCAAACAGUCUCGGCGCUCGCCUGGCUGCAAGACCAGCCUGACAACCUUCAGCACUCGCCUGAUGCAAAAGCCGAACUCGCCGAACGACAAAAGGUCCUAAGCGCAUACCUGGCAAAACUGCGCGGCCUGAGUCGUCGUGCAGCAUUCGGUGCUAGGACCACCAAGCAAGAGACCGCCGAAGCAAGACAAGAAGUGGAUCGACUGUUAUUACAACUACAGAAUUUGUACUAUGAGCAGAGACAUCUUAUGGGAGAGAUCGGUGCAUGUGAUGGCUACGACCAUGCUUACACCCAUCUCCCUCUCCUGCCGGUUGAUGAAUACCUAGAGUUGUUUCCCGAUCAAUCCGACCUCUCGGAGCAAGAGUUGAUGCCGUUGAGAAUUGAGCAUGAAAAGCAAGAACGCGAAAAGAUGGAGCAACAAAGACUAGAGUUGGUCAAAGUCAAAGAUGCCUUGGUCAAAGAAAACACUAGAAAGAAAGACGAGUUGAAGAAGAUGGAUGAGAAACUGGAGGCCAUGAUUGAUGGUUUGGACCCUCAUCGCGAGGCGCUGGAAAAAGAUCUAUCUGCGGUUUGAAACUGCUUCACGAUGGCACCAACAUUGCCCUGCACCCCCUGUACGAAACGAAGCGAUAAUCUGCCAUUUACUUCAUCCACGAUGCUUUGCAUCGCGGUAUCUCGAUCGAUCAACGAGAUUGAUGCAACAUUUUGCCACGAUUCGGCAAUCUCUGCAUCCUUCUCUCACUGCUCGCGACCUUCGUCACCAACCGAGAUGGUGACUAUAUGUCACGCGCCUCUCCCCUCUCAAUCAACAGUGCGAUUUGGCCUGGUUCAUGACCGGCCAUUCCCACGCUCGGUGGCAAGUGGAGAAAGCUUUGAGAAGACCUUCACCGGGCGGCCGCCUGCAAAUAAAAACAGAACAGCAUAUCGACAAGGCUGAUAAAGCCGAUUCUACGAACCUCCAACCCAGACGCACUGAAAUAACUCAUCUUCAGGGAGGGGCGCUCUUCAGGGCUUACGCCGCACUUCCGUCAGAAUCACUGGUAUCUGUUUACAAAUACCCAAUUCAACUAGCAGACCAGCAUCUGGGGUCAUAUGUUCUAGUCAUAUCUCACAAGACGUCACCCUAUUACUCAUGGUUUGGAAACAGAUACUACUCAGGCCCCUGAAAGGACUUCAUGAAACCAUAGCCGGAUUCGAAAACUGCCGAAUUCUGCAUGUCGAGUAGAUGCUUGUAUACGACGUUGCCAUUUCUCAAUAUCUGGAACAGCCCAUCAUACAUCGUUUCCACUGUUGGGAAUAUGCUUGAUCGCGGAACCUAUCUCUUCUCGCAACCUUUGACCAUUCACGAUCAAAGGCUGGCUAUCUUGCAAUACAAAAAGCAUCCUCGACCAAGCUGUCGUGCUCGGGUUUCGCCACGCAUGGUUUGUUCCCCUCUGCACAGCAACGUCACCCUGCUUCAAAUGGGUGACGCUACCGUCGUCGAGUUCCAUUAUGAUUUCUCCAAACAGCACAACCCCAUAGUCGAGACUCUGAGUUCGGUGCAUGUGUGGCUUAGAUGCUGGGCCGAAAUCCACUAUGCGACAAACAGUCCCGUUCUUCCUUACAAGUCCAAGUUCCCCAGAAGCUAUAACGGCUUCAUGGGACUUGAUAUCGACUUCAUCAUUCAUCAAAGGAGGAAAGGUUGAGGUGGUGUAGACCACGUUGAAGCCAACUCCCAUGUCUUGGUACCAUGUCCAUUUGUUACGCGAUGAGGAGUGCACUUUGGCGUGACUAUCCGAGUCAUGACUUGUGAUAUGAAUAGUUGGAUCCGGUAGAUUCGACGGAAGUGCGCUGUCAGUGGACAUCUUGACUCAACUUAAGGCAAUGAGAUAUGUUGCGAGAUGGGGUGUGAGACAAGACUUUGGGAGAAAGGUCUCUAGCGGGUGUCUUCCAAGUUCUGCCCUCGAACAAACGAUGUGUACCUCUUAAAUACGAUGGACAAUCUACAUGUCCGACACUGCAUCAAUCCAUCAUCUUCUAGAGCAAUCUUCAUUCGAGGCCACUGCGAAACCUGGCCCCGUAUUUGGUCCCCG